CGCAUACAUUGCCAUGAAAUUAUUACUCUGCCUGUUUUGCAUGUUUUUUGCCUUUUUCCUGGCGAAACCAAGUCAAGAAGAAGAGAGAUGCAUGUAUAUGGCCAAUCCCGGCCCCUGCAAUGCCCAGAUCAAAAUGUUUGCCUAUGAUCCCUUCGAGAGUGAGUGCAAAGAAUUCUUUUAUGGCGGCUGCGGUGGAAAUCCAAAUCGCUUUGAAACUGAAAAUGAGUGUCGUACCGCUUGUAAUGUGAAGGACUUUUCAGAGGAAUAGAAAAAAGGCUUAACAACUCUAAAAUGCAACAUAAAAAUUGUUAAAUUAUAGAAUAAAAACUUGAAAAAAUAA